AUGCCGCCGCCACCUCCGCGUAGAGCAACGUUACCUCCGUCACCCCGCGGCUGGGUUGAGCAAACUGUCUCGGCAUACAACUUGAAAUGGCCCGAUCUUCGACGCUAUUUAAUAGGCCUAUACCAAAUAACGGACGGGCGACGACUUAACGAAAGACAAGUUCGUACAGCAGUAUUCAUCCCACUGACAAUACUGACAACUCAUAGGAGAUGUACGAAGAUAAGUUUUAUUUUUGGGUUCCACGGGAGUUGA